CUCACAAUCUCUCUCCUCCUCCGACAUGGAUGUCCAACUCUGGCUCUCCACAUAUCCCACAUCAACCUUCGUCGUCGACGCCGGCGAAGAUUAUCAAUCCAUAAACUCCGACCACCACCACCGCCUCCACAGCAAUCCUUCUCUACAAACCCUCCCUUCAAUCCCAUCUCUCCAAAGCCCCAUCUCUCUCGAAUCACACCCCUUAAUCCUCCUCUCCGCCACCUCUCUCCACCUCAUAACACCUCUCCCGGCAGACAUCGGCGCCUUCGCCGUCCAUCACAACCUCCUCUACGCCGCCUCCGGCCACCAAGUCAACGUCUACGACGUAAACAUAAACUUUAACCUCAUCGACACAUUCAACAACACAACCCACGAUUAUUCCUCCUCCGGUUCCGUCAAAUCCAUCACCUUUCUCAAAAACACAGUCUUUACAGCUCACCAAGACGGAAAAAUCCGUUCUUGGAAAUUGACCAAUGAGAAUAAGCAUAAACUCAUAGCUGAACUUCCCACUGUAAAAGAUCGUAUUUUCCGCUCAAUCUUCCCCAGCAAUUACAAGAAAAUCAGACGGCAUAAGAAGAGACUCUGGAUUGAACAUUACGAUGCAGUUUCGGGUCUCUGUUUUUCUAACCAAGGGUAUUUAAUCUCUGUUUCUUGGGAUAGAAGCUUGAAAAUAUGGAGGGAAACCGAUUACCGAUGUAUCCAGUCGAUUAGUAAGGCACACGAGGAUGCGAUUAACGCCGUGAUUGUUUCGUCGGACGGAGUUAUUUACACGGCGUCGGCCGACCGUCUGAUCAAGGUCUGGGGUUUAGGAAAAGAUGAUAAGAGAAGCUAUUCUUUGAUGGGUACUUUGGAGAAACAUAGGUCGGCGGUGAAUGCGUUGGCGUUGAGCGGCGACGAGUCGGUUCUGUUUUCCGGCGCUUGUGACCGUUCGAUAUUGGUUUGGGAGAAGGACGGAGGCGGCGGCGGCAGUUAUAUGAGGGUUAAUGGGGCUUUGAGGGGGCAUAUGGGUGCGGUUUUGUGUUUGAUUAGUGUACGUGAUGUUCUUAUUAGUGGUUCGGAGGAUCGGACGGUGAGGGUGUGGCGGCGGGGGUUUGAUGAUGGUAAAUAUUGUUGUCUGAGUGUUUUGGAUGGACAUGAAAAGGCGGUGAGAUCGGUGGCGGCGACGACGGCGGAGGAGGGUUGUGAUGAGGGCGGUGGGUUGAAGGUGAUUAGUGGGAGCUCUGGUGGAGUGAUAAAAGCAUGGCAGAUUGUUUUCUCCACUUGUCAUUAAACUUUUAUUUAUGUCUGCUAAUCUAAC